AUUAAACAUUUCUUAGGUCGCAUUGGCCCUCGAGCGGCAACCUGCAUUGGCUACAGCUUUGACACAGAAAUCUGCUCAGGGAGUUGUCUUAACGUUCGCCUUACGUAGUCCGUCAGAUCCCGAUCCGAGCCUCGACUCUUGGCAUGAGUAUCAGACGGAAAAGCACCACACAUGAUCUGGCAACUCUACGGCCUCCACCCGGACGGAUCGCGUGUCCAACAAUCUUCUCUCAAUAGAAGAACACGCACAGCUCCAUCAAACAGUCCAGAUACAAGAGGAAAUUGGAUCGCUCGUGAUGCAGGGGGUAAAGCUGGCCAUAAGGAGGAUGGAGAGUUAAUUAAUAUUCGUUUUCUGAUGAGUCGGGGUCAAGGUAAGGAAGGUAAAGAAAGGGCAAUUGAGGGCAAUGAAGAAGAUGACCGUACUGGCAGGAAUUGGAGGGCAAGGAAACGACGCAACAACUCGUCAUCAUCAUUGUCUUCCUCAUCUGAUUCUGAUUCUGCAUCAGGAGAGAUCAAAAUUCAGUUUCCGGACCCUUCACCCGAGCUGCUAAAAUGCAUUCACCACUUCGCCAGCCGAUACUAUCAGGAGAAAGGCGUCUUGUCCGAUUUAAGCAGGGGCUACCGAGACGAGAGGAAAACACAGCGCUCUAAAAGUAGUGCGUCUAAUAUUCAUGAUCAGACAACACGCAAGCCGGCAUUGUGGACGAGGGAUUCUUCCCUCGAUGCUGACGAUGACGAUCAAUGGGAAGAUGAGAAAGAUGAGUUGGAGGAUGAGGGAGAUGAAUGGGAAGAUGAGGAAGAUGAUGGCGAAAACGCUUCCCAUAACGAAGAACAUAAAGACAUGUACAAGGCUCUCGACGGCUCAGCUUUGGUCGCGAUAGGGAUAAUUCUCCAAGAGCAAAUUGCACAUGCGAUGAUUACCGGCUUUUCCGGUACUCGUGCUGGUGCACGAGUGCGACCGCGGGACUAUUCCGUAGAACAAAGCCCUUCCCCACCUUCACUCGACUCCGAGUCCGACUGAUAUCGAUAUCAACUGGUCGCGUAAACGCAGUAGUAUUAUAAUCCAGCGUAAUAAAAGAUAAGCAAAAGGAUGAGAAACACUACUUCGCUUUCGCUUUUAUCCUAUUCUUUGGAUCCAGCUUCAAAAUAUAGUCCUCCGUCAACGUCCCAUCCUCCCAUCGCUUCAAAAUAUUCCCUCUAUAUAUCCCCAUAUUCGACCCUCCAAAUACUUUGAGUCGUUCCAAUCGACGUUCGCGAAGUUUGUUUUUAGGUAACAUCCCGGACACUGCGUGUCGUAUAAUCUAUAUUCGCGCAGGGCGGGUAAGCAUACAGUCUUAUGCAACGAACCACAGAACAAACCUCAUAAGGCUUGUUUUCCAUCAUAUCCUUAUACUCGGUCUCUUUCAAACCACCAGGGAACAUCGUGUGCUUGCGGUACACCAGUUGUUCGUCUUUACGACCAGUCACCUUGAUGUGCUUUGCGUUUGUGACUACGACAUAAUCCCCACAGUCCA